AUGCCAGGAGCGGCAACGGCCGCCUCGACAGGCGCCGGCGCUGCCGGAACAGCAGCAGCGACUCGGCGUACCUCUCCAGUGGAAAGGCAGCAGAAAAUCUUGAACCUUACAUUAGAGGAGAAGGUGGGGCUGUACGGAGAUGAGUUAAAGCUUAUUGAAGACGCUAACGAGCGUCUGGGGAAGUGCAUGAAGGACAUCGAAGAACACAAACGGUCCCAGGAAGAGAAGCGCCGUGGGGUGAAAGAGGCAGAAUUCGCAUUGAAAAAUAUACGGGAGGCGAUGGAACGUGUCACCUUGGAUGAAGGCCCCUUAAAUAAUGCACAGACUAGACUACACCAUUGGCAAAGGGAGUUUGUACAAGUGUCUCAGAGGCUCUCGCGUCUCGAGAGCGAUCUGGGACUCAUGGCGUGGGAUCCAGCACAAGACACAGCAGCGCUUAUUUUGUAUGCAGACACCUUCCGGAGGCGCUACAUGGCUCCUUCAGCUGCUCGGGCACUAGCUGCUGCGCAGCGAGUGCUGCAGCAGCGCCGCCACACGCAGACAAGCAUGUCCCCAGUUGACACUGGGAGGGUGAUGCAGAUGGCUAGCUGGAGCAUGGACCAGUUGCGCAUUGCGAAUGACUGGCUGAAGGGGCAAGCGGGUCCUGUACGGCCAGAUGCUCGUACCAAGGAUCUCCUUAGAGAUGCUGCUGUGUUCAUGGAUAUGCUUAAGAACACAAAUAUGCUCGGCGAGGCAGAACUCCUCCAACAGGCUGUAGACGAAUUGCAGGCUACGUUGUGGCGCUCCGGUGGGCCUGAAGCAGCAUCAGUAGCAACUGCAGCAGAGCAGGAUAGCCGAAAGUUAGAAAGACAGUCUCCUUCUCAGUAG